AUGAAAAUAAAGACUAUUUCAAGAUCAAGUGAUACGUACAUUGCGGAAAGAAAUACUGAUGAGAGUCGUAUAUCCCGUAACUUGAACCCUGCGCUCCACCCAUUCGAAAGAGCUAGAGAAUAUCAGAAGGCAUUGACAGCCACCAAAAUGGAAAGAAUGUUCGCACAACCGUUUGUUGGGCAGCUUGGUGAUGGUCAUAGGGAUGCGAUCUAUUCUAUUGCUCGUAAUUUUGAUAGUUUGAACAAAGUGGCCAGUGGGAGUGGAGACGGGGUCAUCAAAUAUUGGAACUUGAAAUCAAGAAAAGAGCUUGUCACAUUUAAAGCACAUUAUGGAAGAGUUAGUGGGUUGAUCGUUACACCAAAUGGAAGACUAUUAAGUUGUGGUCACGAUAAGACCAUCAAAAUGUGGUCGGUUAAUGAUGAAGAUUUCAAACAGCAAGCUAAAAAAUUAAAGCAAUACGAUGAUAAUGAAGAUGAGGAAAGUGAUUUUGAUGAUGAUGAAAGUAGUGACGAAGAAGAAGAAGCUGGCAAUGAACUCGAAAAUGGUUUCAUGAAUGAGAACGAAAUCAAUUCAAGUAAUGGUUUAAUAAAAACAUAUUUGGGUGAACACUCGUUUGAAUCAAUAGAUCAUCACUUUAAUAAAGAUUUGUUUGUCACGGGUGGCGCUCAAAUUGAAUUAUGGGACUCUAACCGUUCAAAGCCUAUUUCCAACUUGACCUGGGGUGCAGACAAUAUCACCACAGUACGAUUCAACAAUGUCGAGACGUCAAUCUUGGCAUCUGCUGGUAGCGAUAACACCGUUAUUUUGUAUGAUAUUAGAACCAAUUCACCAACUCAAAAAAUCGUUAAUACUCUCAGAACUAAUGCCAUUUGCUUCAACCCAAUGUCAGCCUAUAACUUUGUGUGUGCUUCUGAAGAUAGCAAUGUCUACGGUUACGACAUGAGAAAUAUGAAGAGAAGUACCAACGUUUAUAAAGAUCAUAUUUCUGCUGUAUUAGACGUUGAUUUUGCCCCAACUGGUAAAGAGCUUGUGACUGGUUCAUAUGACAAAACUAUUAGAAUCUUCAACGUUAACGAAGGUCAUUCAAGAGAAGUGUAUCACACCAAGAGAAUGCAGCAAGUUUACUGCACCAAAUACUCAUUGGAUUCCAAAUUCAUUUAUAGUGGUUCUGAUGAUUGUAAUAUCAGAAUUUGGAGAGCCGUCGCCUGGGAGAGAACUAAUGUCAAGUCUACCAGAGAAAGAAACAAAUUAGAAUACGACGCCAAAUUGAAAGAAAAAUUCAAGUUCAUGCCAGAAAUAAGAAGAAUAUCCAGACACAGACAUGUGCCUAUUGGUAUUAAAAAGGAUAGUGAGAAAAGGCAAAUCCAAACUCAAAGUAUCAAGAGAAGAGAAAACAAUGAAAGAUUGCACAGUAAAAAAGGCUCUAAACCAUUCAAAUCUGAAAGAGAGAAGCAUAUUGUUGCCAAUACUUAUAAAUGA